AUGUGCCUGUGCCGCGGCAACAAGGCCGUCGAGGUCCCUGCGGGCUCGGUCGCCGUCAGCUUCAUCCUGAAGAAGGAGACGUAUUACGGCCAGCGCGUGCUGCUGGUGGGCUCCUCCCAGGAGCUGGGCGCCUGGAAGCUGGACGCCGGCCUGCCCCUGCGCUGGAGCGAGGAGCACAAGUGGAGCACCACCGUGGCGCUGCCCGCCGGCGCCGCCGUCGAGUACAAGUUUGUGAUCACCGACCCCGAGCAGCCACCCCUGUGGGAGUCGUGUCUCAACCGCUCCCUGGCUGUGGAGGAUGCCGCCGCCACCCUGUACGGGUCCCGGGAGGAGCCCCUGGUGGCUGCCGCCGUCCCGCCCCCCAGGCCUGUGGAGGUGCCAGCCCAGCCAGUUACCAUUGCUGCACCCGAGCUGAAGCAGCCUGUUGCUGCCAGCAUCGCCAGCGCCGCCCCGGUCGCCAAGGCCGCCGCGGCGGCCAAGCCGGCGGCCGCCGCCGCCAAGGCGGGCGCUGCGCCCAAGCAGCAGGCGGCCAAGGAGAUCAAGAUUUCGGCCGAGGCGGAGGCCGCCGUUAACGACAUCAUUGUGCAGGCCGACGGCGGGACUGGGAUGGUGGCCGGGGCGGUGGAGAAGCUGGGGGCCGCCGCCGCAUCCGUCGCGGGGGGCAUCAUCAAGCAGGGCAAGGCCGCGGCCAAGGGCGGCCGGCGGCGCCGGCCAAAGGCCAACGCCACCAAGAAGGAGUGA